ACAAAUAUUCAUAGGUCAGGGGGGGUUGCUGGAAAUUACGGGAACCUUGUUCGGCUGCGAGGAUUUGACGAUAUUUGCGGGUGAUUUGCUCUGCUCCGAUAAACGCUCCCAAGAAUCACUUGUCAGUGAUUCUAAUUCCUUCGGCUCAAGUAUAUUUGUCGGCAGAUGAGAGUGGAAUUAAUGGCGGCGGAGAGUGGUAGUAGUAGUCGGGGGAAGAAAGAGUCAACGGCUGCAUUGUCGAAUUCGCCGCGUCAGGACGGCGACGUCGAAGAUCCCGUGAAAUCACCUCCUCAUUCCCCCAAUAAUUCCUCCACUCGCAAGGCUUGCUAUGCUGUUCUUCAGAGUUGGGUUUCAAAGAAGUUCAUGACUGGAUGCGUUGUUCUAUUUCCAGUUGCUGUUACAUUUUUCAUCACUUGGUGGUUUAUUCAGUUUGUUGACGGUUUCUUCAGUCCUAUAUAUGAAAGGCUUGGCAUUGACAUAUUUGGCCUUGGGUUCAUCACAUCGUUGAUCUUUAUUUUCUUUGUCGGUAUAUUUGCUUCGUCAUGGUUGGGUGCUACAGUUUUCUUGAUAGGAGAAUGGUUUAUAAAACGAAUGCCCUUUAUAAAACAUAUAUACUCAGCAUCCAAGCAAAUUAGUUCUGCAAUCUCUCCAGACCAGAAUACUACUGCUUUCAAGGAGGUUGCUAUUAUUCGUCAUCCUCGUGUUGGAGAAUAUGCUUUCGGCUUUAUUACAUCAUCAGUAGUUCUGCAGAGAGAUAACGGGGACGAAGAGUUAUGCUCUGUUUAUGUGCCGACAAAUCAUUUAUACAUCGGGGACAUAUUUCUGGUUAACUCUAAAGAUAUUAUUAGGCCGAAUUUGUCAAUUAGAGAAGGCAUAGAGAUCAUUGUUUCUGUAGGGAUGUCAAUGCCUCAGGUGAUUUCUCCUAUAGAGACUAUAACUCGCAAGGAUGACCGGAUACCUUCCACUAGGAAUAUGAUAUAGCAACAUUAUGCUCGAAGAAUGUGAAACAUUUUCUCUGGCCCUGGCUAUUUAUAUUAGAGGCUGGUCUUCUGCUCUCACACUUGACAAUAUAAAGAGGGCUGUUGAGUUAAUUGGGUGGGACUCAUUGUGUUCCUAAAAUGAUUACUUAUAGCUGAGUUGUUGCUUUUUCAAUUUCUUUCCGAAGGUAGUAGAUAUAUCUUAGGCCUGUUGAGUUUAGUCAGUGCCAAUAUACUGAAUCUGUACACUUCUAUUUAUAUUCUUUAGUUCUUGUAAAAAUGAAUUGACAUGUUAAUUUCAUCCUCCUCCGUGAGAUUUUGCUUGUUCA